AUGAUUGCUCGACCAUCUGACGCGUUGACCCGGGUGUUGGGAAGAGUGUUCACCAGUGCGCUCCCCGCGUGGCCAACAAAGACCGACAAAGACCUGGUCAUCGUGCCAGCGGACAAAGGACGCGCCACAGUUGUACUGGACAGGACAGACUACCCUCAAAAAGCCAAAGGUUUACUGGAGGACCGACAGUUCUAUGUCCCAUGUGCAACGAACCCUUUAAAGGCGCUGACACGCGAAAUUAAUGCUACGUUGUUGGCCUUGGAGAACUCAGGUGCAAUAACACCGACCGACAGACGCAUGGCGAGACCCCAAGAUACGGCUUCGGCCCGAUUCUAUGGCCUCCCUAAGGUGCACAAAGACGGCGCUCCUUUCCGACCCAUCGUGUCGCUCAAAGGUACUCCAACGGACGGACUGGCUAAGUGGCUGUUCCGGCGUCUCAAGUUCCUGACCGCUGAGUCAGACACCACGGUCUCUUCGUCAGAAGAACUCCUGGAGAAACUCAAAGGGUUAAGCCUCCAUCCAAAUGAGGUCAUGGUAUCUUUUGAUGUUACAUCCAUUUUUACUUCCAUUCCCCAGGACCUGGCGAUCGAGACAAUUGAACUGCUACUACAAAGCAAAUACGAUGAAACGGAGAACCGUCUUGGACACGCCCAAAUCCUUCAGCCCCUGAAGCUCUGUCUCAGGACGUACUUCACGUUCGACGGGAUAAUCUACGAACAGGUGAAGGGUACACCAAUGGGUUCGCCGAUUUCGGGAUUCAUCGCCGAGGCGGUCCUGCAACGGUUAGAGUCGCUGGUCUUCCAACACCACAGACCGAAAUUCUGGGCCCGGUAUGUGGAUGAUACCUUCGUCGUCAUCGAACGGGAUCAGGUGUUGACAUUCCAAGAACAUCUCAACGCCGUCUUCCCGGACAUUCAAUUUACGAUGGAGGAGGAAGAGAACAACCAGCUGGCCUUCCUGGAUGUCCUCGUAUGCCGCAAGGAUUAUGGUGGACUAAAGACCAAAGUGUUCAGGAAAGCGACAAAUACGAUCCAAGUACUGAACUUCAACAGUAACCACCCAAUCAGCCACAAACGCAGUUGUGUAAGGACGCACUUUCGGCGUGUCGAAACGCACUGCAGUGAGCCGGAAGACAAAGUUGCUGAACUACAAUACCUCCGACGGGUCUUCAAAGCCAAUGGCUACCCGCGCAACUUCGUCGACCGGUGCAUACGCAAAAGGGACGAAAGGCCUAACCGCACGGACCGCGGGCACUUCCGUAUGUCAAGAACGUUUCGGAAGCUGUCGGCCGCCUUCUCGCACCACUUGGAGUCGGAGUGGCACACAGACCGGAGGCAACCAUCAGACGUCUGA